CAAGUUACGCUUGGGCCAAAUUCCCCCAUAUUUUUUGAGCAGGCCUAUCUCUUCUCCAGCCAGAAGAUGGAUUUUGAGUUAUUACUCUGUCGACGCACACUUGCCCCGGCCGCAAGCACCAUGUCCUGAUAAAAAGAAGCGGCAGAGAAGCAAUACUGGUUUCAUUAACCGGUCACGAGGGGUGCGCAUUUUAAGCAGAGACAUGCCAGUCCCUAUUCAUCAUCCUGUAAGCAACUCCUUCCCACACUUCAUCCCAUCCUUAUCCUUCAAGAUUCCGAUUAUUUACUCCACUGCCAUUCGAACAAAAGCUUCUUUAAAAUUCCCACUUGCCGAAACCCCAAAUUUCCCUUCAAAAUCUUGGAGAGGCUUGUGUUUUUCCUUACAGUUACCAAAUAAGAGAACCCGUGUUCCUUUUUGUUCCAAGAAUGGAAUUUUUGAGGAUUAUACAGAUACCCUUUUGUCCAAAAAGACUGAAAACGAGUUUGAAGAGCUCGAGUUACUUAACAAGCCAUUUCCAAAGCAAGUAGAUGAUGGGUCUGCUGAAGAAGUAGGGGAAAUUGAACCGCAGAAACCUGAUAAAGAUGAAGUCUUGGAGACUUUUUACAAGUACUUUAGGCUAUCUGACGAAGAAAAUGAUUUGGAAGGUAGUAAAAUUGAGAGUUCUAGUCAGGAGGAUUCUAAUAAAGUUAGUGUAGAGUAUUAUGAGCCGAAACCUGGAGAUUUAGUGUUGGGAUUAGUUGUUUCCGGGAAUGAAAAUAAGCUUGAUGUGAAUGUGGGUGCAGAUUUAUUAGGAAUAAUGCUGACAAAAGAGGUGUUGCCUUUGUAUGACAAGGGGAUGGAGCAUUUGUUGUGUGAUGUGGAGAAGGAUGUGGAGGGCUUUAUGGUGCGAGGGAAGUUCGGGAUAGUGAGGAAUGAUGAGGAAGUGAAUGAGGAACUGAAGCCUGGGAAACCUGUUGUGGAGCCUGGAACUGUUCUUUUUGCUGAGGUUCUUGGCAGGACUCUUAGUGGCCGGCCAUUGCUUUCAACCAGAAGGCUCGUUAGGCGCAUUGCUUGGCACCGAGUGAGGCAGAUUAAGCAGCUCAAUGAGCCAAUAGAGGUCAAAAUAACCGAGUGGAACACUGGUGGUCUCCUUACAAGAAUAGAAGUCGGACGGCGAAUAUAUGUGCAAAUUACCAGAAUAAAUGUAGAUACCAAUGAUUUAAUACUCAGCGAGAAGGAAGCUUGGGGGAUGUUGCAUCUACAAGAGGGAACACUUCUAGAAGGAACUGUGAGAAAAAUCUUUCCGUAUGGUGCUCAGAUAAGAAUUGGCGAUACCAAUAGGAGUGGAUUGCUGCAUAUUUCAAACAUCACCAAGGGCAGAAUAACUUCUCUCACCGACCUGUUUGCAGUUGAUGAGAAGGUUAAAGUUUUGGUUGUGAAGUCCAUGUUUCCUGACAAAAUUUCUCUCAGUAUCGCUGACCUCGAAAGUGAACCAGGUCUAUUUUUAUCGAACAAGGAGAAAGUAUUUUCUGAAGCGGAAGCAAUGGCAAAGAAGUACAGGCAAAAAAUUCUAGCUAUAUCAGCAACCCGCAAAGUGGAAGCCCUUCCCACGGAUGGCUUACCUUUUGAAAAUGAAGAGACUUUGUAUGCUAACUGGAAAUGGUUCAAAUUUGAAAGAGACGAUGCCACAAAUCCAUGACAUUGCCGUUUGAAAAAGAAAGGGAACUAAAGCUGCAAAGGAGGAUUUUGGACGUGUUACUCGUGCUUCUUCCUCCCUGAGCUGCUCCGAUCAAUGCUAUAAGUACAGAAUUUUGUUUUUUUUUCCUAAUUGGUUAUCUCGGCUAAAAAGGAUACGGACUUGACCAAAAAUCGAUUGGUUUUGAUUCGGUCAUGUCAUUUUAUGCUUAAAAAAUAAAUUGUAAAUUAUAAGUCGGACGAUUUUCUUUGUUUA